AUGUGCCAAAUUCCGGAAGUUCUCCUUCUGUACGUGGCAGAGAAUUUGUGUAUUUUGAUACGUGUUUACGUAUAUAGUGUUAAACUCUAAGUCAUUCAUCAUACAUAAGUAGCAAAAGCUAAGCAAACCUCUCAAAUAAGAUAACUACACUUCGAGAAUAAAAUGAAACAAUGAAUCCACAGUACCAAGGAAAUCAAGGCCAAAUGCCACCAACAGGUUAUGGACAGCCACCAAUGGGACCAGGUCAGAGACCACCUGGUCCAACACAGAACAUGUACAAUGGUCCAAGUAUGAAUCAACCACAAUUUCAACAUGGUCCGGGAUCAGGUCAGUUUGGGACAGGACCCCCAAAGCCAUAUGGUGGACAACCUCCAACUCAAAAUGGUCCUCAACCAGGGCAAGGAUCAGCUGGUCCCCAGGGAGACAAUCAGUUUGGUAUGAAUAGAGGCCCACCUCAGAUGGGUUCAAGACCACCAGUUAGUAUGCAGAAUUUUCCAGGUCACGGCGCCCCAAGACCUGGACCACCUGGAAGUCCAGCAGGCCAGCCAGGUUUUCCUCCUCCAUCUACAGGACCAGGUGGCAUGCCUAUGCAUAGACCAGGUCCACCAUCAUCACAACCAAAUAUGGCUGGGCCUGGUGGGCAACAGCAUAGACAAGGCUUCCCUCCUCCAACAGGACCUGGUCAGCCACCUACUUCUGCUAGCCAGUUGUCAAAUCAGAUGGGAGGUAUGAAUUUAGGAGGACCUAGUGGACCUAUGCCACCUCAACCUGGAAGUGGACAUGGCCCACCAAGUCAGUUUGGUGGUCCACCAUCUUCGAAAGCACCACCAAUGAUGGGACAACCUACUCAAAUGGGACAGCAACACUAUCCACAGCCUAAUCAGGGACAGCAACCUAAUUUUGGUGCUCCUCCUACUAGUACAUUAAAUGGGCCACCAACAAGUGGUUACGGAAUGCCUCCUACAAGUAACUUUGGAAUGCCCCCUACAAGUAAUUUUAGUGGACCUUCAAGUGGUAUUGGGAUGCCACCAAGUAGUAAUUUAAGUGGACCUUCUAGUGGAAUCGGGAUGCCACCAAAUAGUAAUUUUGGUGGGCCACCCACAGGUGGCUUUGGAAUGCAACCAACCAGUAAUAUGAGUGGACCACCAUCAAGUGGGUAUGGAAUGCCACCUACACCACCGAUGGGUCAAGGUCCUCAGAUGAACCAACCAGGUGGAUACAUGGGUGGGUCAAUGCCAGGACAGGGUGGAUUCCCUCCUCAGCAGUUCCCUGGACCAGGUCAACAGAGAAUGCCAGGGCCUAAUGCAAUGCAACAGCCUCAAGCUAAGAAGUUAGAUCCAGAUUCUAUGCCUAGUCCAGUACAAGUUAUAGAAGAUGAUAAACUAAAUCGUAGUGGACAAUUUCAGACCACAUCAAGAGGAAGUGUACCUCCUCUUGUCACAACAGACUUUACAAUUCAGGAUCAGGGAAAUUGCAAUCCAGCAUUCAUUCGUUCAACUAUGUAUAAUGUACCAUGCACAUCAGACAUGAUGAAAAGUAGCCAUAUACCAUUUGCAAUGUCAAUAUGUCCUUUUGCCAAACUUAGAGAUGAGGAGCUACCCCCACCAAUUGUAAACAUGGGAGAAGUAGGUCCAGUCAGAUGUAAGAGAUGUAAAGCAUACAUGGGUCCGUUCAUGACAUUUGUUGAUGGAGGGCGUCGUUUCCAGUGUGUCUUCUGUGGAGCAUCAACUGACGUUCCACAAGAAUAUUUCAAUCACCUUGAUCACACAGGAAAACGAGUGGAUGCAUAUGACCGACCAGAAUUGUGUUUAGGAUCAUAUGAAUAUGUAGCUACAAAAGAUUAUUGUAAAAACAGUUUAUUGCCAAAGGAACCUGCCUUUAUAUUUAUGAUAGAUGUGUCAUAUAAUAGUGUAAAAAGUGGUCUAGUCCAUCUCAUCUGUGAAAGAUUAAAAUCAGAUAUAUUGUCAUAUUUGCCAAAGGAUAUGGGUGCAGAAGAAUCUGAGGUCAGAGUUGGUUUUGUAACUUAUGCAAAAGAAAUACACUUUUAUAAUGUUAAGAGUAAUUUAGCACAGCCACAAAUGUUGGUGGUAUCUGAUUUAGAAGAUGUAUUUGUUCCUUUACUUGAUGGUUUCUUGGUCAAAUUAUCAGAAUCUGAAGCUGUAAUUGAUAGUCUUUUAUCACAAAUCCCUCAGAUGUUUGCUGAGUCUAGGGAAACAGAAACAGUCUUAGGACCUGUUAUUCAGGCUGGUCUUGAUGCAUUAAAGUCUUCAGAUAGAACCGGAAAACUGUAUAUAUUCCACACGUCAUUACCCAUUGCUGAAGCUCCUGGCAAGUUGAAAAACAGAGACGAUAGAAAAUUAUUAGGCACAGACAAAGAAAAGACCAUAUUGACACCACAGAACAAUUUCUACACUAAAUUGGGCCAGGAAUGUGUUGGGGAGGGUUGUAGUGUUGACUUAUUCCUUUUUCCUAAUUCUUAUAUUGAUGUGGCAACAAUAAGUGAAGUCAGUCGACUAACUGGAGGCAGUGUGUAUAAAUACAGUUACUUCCAGGCUGAUUUAGAUGGUGAUAGAUUUUUAGAAGAUUUAAGAAGAAAUAUCCAGAACCAGGCAGGAUUUGAUGCCAUACUCAGAGUCAGAACAAGCACAGGUAUACGCCCUGUAGAUUUCUAUGGGAACUUUUACAUGUCUAACACAACAGAUGUAGAAAUGGCUGGAGUAAAUUGUGAUGAUUCUUUGAAUGUAGAAAUUAAACAUGACGACAAGCUGUCAGAAGGAGAUGGUGCUUAUGUUCAGGUUGCUGUACUGUAUACAUCUGUUGGUGGUCAGAGACGAUUACGUAUUCAUAAUUUAUCUUUCAAUUGUUGUAUGCAAAUGUCAGAUUUGUUCCGUAGCUGUGAACUUGAUGCUCUUAUUAACUUCUAUGGUAAACAAGCUAUUAAAUCAUUACUGAAUAAUAAUCCAUGUCAAGUACGGGAGAGUAUAACUAAUGAUGUUGCCCAUAUACUGGCCUGUUAUAGAAAGAAUUGUGCCAGUCCGUCAUCUGCUGGACAACUCAUAUUACCAGAAUGUAUGAAAUUAUUACCAGUAUAUGGAAACUGUGUAUUAAAGAGUGAUGGAUUAAGGGGAGGUCAAGAGAUAUCAACUGAUGACAGAAGUUAUUUAAUGUUUAUAAUGAAUUCUAUGGAUGUGAAAUUUUCAAAUGUGUUCUUUUAUCCAAGAAUUUUCCCAGUUCAUGAUUUAGACGAUGAAGCUACAGAUAUACCCGUCAGUAUACGUUGUUCAGCAGAAAGAUUGAGUGAAGAUGGUGUUUAUUUAUUAGAAAAUGGUAUAUCGAUGUUCUUGUGGAUAGGACAUAAUGUUGACCCACACUGGGUACAACAAGUAUUUAGUGUUCAGAGUGUGGCACAGAUAGAUAUAGAUAAGAGUAAAAUCCUGGACCUUGAUAAUCCAGUAUCAAUCAGACUCCGAGAAGUCAUAGCUAAAGUCAGGUCACAAAGAUCAAGAUGUAUGAAGUUGACAAUAAUAAGACAAAGAGACAAAUUAGAACCCUGGUUUAACCAUUUCAUGGCUGAAGACAAAGGAGCCAACGGCAGCAGUUCUUACGUAGACUUUCUAUGCCACAUACAUAAAGAGAUUAGGAAUUUAAUGAACUAAUUGUUAUUAUGGUGCAAGGACUCUUUUAUUCACAAUUAAAUCUACGAUUCAUGCAUAUCUCGGAUUUGUCAUCAACAUAAUAGACUAGAGAUUAUUUGCAUGAUAUUGACGAAAUCCUAGCCGAGAUUAGAAUGGAUUAUCGGAGCAUUAAUUCAAAAAGAAUUUGAAGCUUUGAUUGUUUCAAACCAAAGGAAGAGAAAAUCUCUUAAUUUUUUAACCAAUUUAUUUUACUCUAUAUUCAUGUGGAAAAGUAAAGAGCUUCAUUGUAGAGAGAUUCACAAACCUAGUGAUAGUUGAAUUUCAGUUAAUGGGUUCAUGAUUUCAAUGAAAAUUAUCAUCGUCAUAUCAUCUAUAGUCAGAAAAUUCAGCUAUAGGGUAGUAUUUAAAUACUACACAAACUGAGUGUAGGAAAUUAUUCAAUCUAAACCUUGCAGUUGUAUGACAAUACUUUGGAUUCAUUUAUAUUCAUGGAUUGAGGAAAAAAUGUAUUUUCCAGGAUAUUUGAUUUCAUUGUUUUGUCAGUCUUCACGUACUAGGUUAUAAAAAGAUUGUUCUUUGUUGAACAUUUAAAUAUGUGGUUCACAUAUACCCCCAAAUUCUAUGAUAAUUGGUUUCCUUUUAAUGAUAAUGAAUACACAGUAACAAUGUAAGAACAAUUUGAUGUCCAUGCGAACCUCUUUUAUAAAAUUAUGAAAUGAGUAAAAUAAAUUGGUUAAUUAUUAUUUUGUUUUGUUGUAAUUAAAUUUAUGUCACUUUCAACAUAACCAGUCCAUAUAUAUAUUAAAAAAAUAGGGUUCUCAUAGGGGUACAAAAACAAUAUUUCAGAGUUCUCGAAAAGUGGUGGUCCAAAGGUUUUUGACUACCAAAAUUUUGCAAAGGGCCUACACCAUUUUAGUAUUUUCGAGUAGAAAUAAUAGUGAAGAACAGGAGAUAGGGCCACCAGGGGAAAAAAAGAUUUGAAGAACUCUGCAGUGUCAGACAUGGAAAACAAAUGAAACAUUACAAACAGCGAUAUUUUAUUGAAUGUUGUGAUGAAGCAUAUAUCUCUUAUGUAUUUAAGUCUUCCUGUGAUAACCUAGUCAGAUGCAAGUAUUUAAAUUUGUAAAAUUUAUAUGAACGCUUAAAUUUUUUCUUAGAUAGGUUGUCUUCUCUUGAUACAGAUUUCAGAAAUAAUCAUUUUUAUGAAAAAUAAUGCUGAAUUACAACCAUGGAAUAUAAUUAUAUUAGAUAGUUUAUAUUUUAAGUUAGCUCAAAGUGUUAAACAUUUUUUUUCAUCCUAUCAAUUUUGGUUAUAGCUAUUUACUAACACACUCAUUUAUAUGCAUUCAACGGCUACAGUAAAGUGUACACCCUCCAUUUAAAUCAAAUUGCAUAUUUAAUAAAAUUCUAUAUGCAGUACAGUAAUGAGCUUACUAUACAGUAUGGGUUUUGCUCAUAUGUCUCCAAGCUAUGUUAUGUUAAUAGAUUAUGAAGCUAAGAUGGUUAUAUAUGAAAAACAUUUGGUGACCUUCAGUUGUUUUAACCCUUGUCCUGCAGUAAUUGGUGGCAAGUUGUCUCAUUGGCAAUCAUACCACAUUUCCAAACUUCUAUAUAAUGUAAAUUAAUAUCAAUGUAUAUUUUUUUAUUUCCCGGCACCAUAGUGCUAUUAGAAUUUACUUUUAUGUUAAAACACUGAUUUAGUUGUUGUAUUGGUAUCAGUAGUGCUUAAUGGUAAUCGGUUGUAAUGUCAGUAUUUAAUAUGUAGUUAUAAAUAUUUUCACCAUUAUGUCUGUGUUAAAAACGAUGGAUGGAUGGCUGUUUAACUUGCAGUGUAUUAAUAAAAUAUACAGAUAUAAUAGAUCUUAAAUAUGGCUACAUAAUGAUUUAAAGGAAAAGUUUGAGAAUUUUGACGUGUAGGAGUAGAAUUAUUUUAAAACAAUUUAAUGGAUUUUAAGUUUUAGAAGAAUUGUUUAUAAAAGUCAUUUGGGUAUCUUGACAAACCAAUCAUAUCAUUAGCUAAUCUAAUCUCAGAUAUAUUUUUGGAAAUAUUUAUUUCUAUAUAUUAAACAAUAUACUGUAUAAAUAUUUGAGAAUAUGCCUCUAAGUCUGUAUAAAACCAAUUGAGUUGCUAUAUUUAUAAAAAAGUUAACACGGAAAACUGAUGUUAACUGUUCCAAAUCAAAAUAAACUUGAGUGUACUUGUCUCUGAUAUAAAGUUUAUUCCAAGAAUACAACUGUUUCCCUUUUGAAAUCAUGAAAGCAAGCAUGGCAGUCGAUAUUCAAGGAACUACUGUUUGCGAUGUAAACAUAUAAAGUGUCUUUUGGCACAAUUGUGAUAUUAAUAUAAACAAUUUAAUGAUCACUUAAAUGAUUUAAUCAUAUUUUAUGUGCAAUAUCCUACAAAAGUAUAGAUAAUGAAGCCAUAAGUAAAACUGUUAUAUUAGAUUGCCUAACAUAGGUUUUUUAUUCAGAGUUCAAUAAUGUUAAAGCUAACUUAAGGGGACAGAAAAUAGGCUCCUAUAGUUCAGAGUCCUUUACCACAGGAGGAACACUAAUGUAUACAUACUAAAUUCCAAUAUGGAUUUAAAAUUUCAUACAAGUUUUAAGAGUUCAAGGGUUUAAAAUAAUCUUUGCUUUACAGAGAUUAUUACUUGAUAUAGAAUUUUACAAAUAGAUAAUUUCUGUACAACUCAGCCCUCAAUGAUUAUAUAUUCUAUGAUUGGUUUUCUGUUUUAUAUAUUGUUUGGCAUUGAGAGUAAGUUUCCGAGAAAAUGAGUUCAUUGAUGUAAAACAAACCCAAAUUGAACCAUUACUGUAAAGUUAUUAUUCUUUUAUGUUAUAUUGCUAUUAAAAUUACCCAGUAAUUGAGAUAUACAUGUGUUCUGUGUUCAUGUACAAAAUGUCUGUUUCUGUCUCCGAGCUGUUUAAUGUUUAUCUGGUUUAAGUGGUAUUUAUAUGAAUAGAUUCUGUGAUAUUUUUCAGACCAUAAUGCAUGUACCUAUAUAUUCUUUCAAACUUCCUAACAGUAUUGUCAAGUAUUAAAUAUUUGUAAAGAGCCUUCAUCAGUUCUCAUACAUUGUGAUGUUUUCUCAAAACAUCAACAAUUAGGACUUUAAGGUGGUACCCAACACCUUGACUAAUAUUAAUUUGGCUCGUUUAAUUUUCCUAAAAUUUUGAUAAAAUGUUAACUUUGACCCUUUGACAAAAAUAUAAAAAUUUCAAAUAAUUUGAACCAAUCACUUUAUCAGAAAAAUUUCACUGGCUAUAUAGCAGUUUGACAAACACUAAUUUUGAUCAUCGAGAAGCUUAAUAUUUCCUUAACAAUACAACGUGAUUAAAACGUUUAGUUGAUUUUUACAGAGUUAUCUCCCUGUAGUGUUAGGUACCACCUUAAAUAUGAAAAUUUAAAAAAAUGAAAGACUGAAAAGUAUUCAGUUUUGGAAAUUUUAAGAUUAUUAGGAACUUUCUUAGGUGCUGGUCUGUCCUAAGUUCAAAAUCAGCAAUCUGCAAGUAAUCUGCACUAAAAAUUUCUAAAAUAAAUAAAUGUUUUCCCAGUAUGAAAAUGUUUUAAUAUUGUAAAACAUCUGCAGUGAUUCACACUUUGAAGUUUAUAAGGGAAAUAAGCAUUGGUUAAUAUGAGCUAAAGAGCUUCAUAUUGUGUUGUACAGUAAACAUUUCAAAAUACACAUGUGUGGUCCCAAAAAGUCCUAACUGGGUAAGGGAUUGAUAUGUCAUUGUUUAUAGUAUUGCAUUUUUGAAAAUAAUAAUAGGCUGGGGUCAUCUCAUUGUCAGGGAAGACACAAAUGUCAGUAAGUAGUUCAGGACUAAGCCAUGUCAUUGUCGAUCGAACGUUUGAAAUAUAAAUAGGAAAUAUGGAUGUAUUAUGGUCUGAAAUGAGAUUGACUUGUGACAUCUACUAGGAGGAUGAUAUUCAUAGAGUAGAUUUUUAUAAACUGUAUUGUAUGCAUGUACAUGUAUUAAAGUGUUAUUUCAGCUCACCAUAGUAAAUGCUUACCUUAGAAAACCAUGUAUAUAUACCCUUAGAAAGCUGUACAGUUAAAUAUACAAUGGAUUUUAAAAUCAAUUGUUAAAAUAAAAGGAAGAAUGAUAGGAUUGUGCAAGUUGAAUUAAUAUAUACAAAUAUUUUGACUUUGACAAGAUCUCCCAACCCUUACAGAUUUUUUAGAUGUAUGCAUUAAUGAUAAACUUAAAGGUCAGAAUUUUACAAGAUCCUCAAGCUAAAACCUGUUUUCUGUGUAUAUUUCAACAUGAUUUGUUUGCCAAAUAAUUUAUUUGAUGGAAGUAUAUUUUUUUGUUGCUGUAUCUUGUUAUAUUUGUGGUUCAGGAGUGAUAGUGUGAAUGUUGACAUGUAAAUGAUGUAUAAAUGGCAAUAAAUUAUAAAUAACAUA